AUGCUCGGCUGCCGUAGGCUGCUGUUGGAGGAAUUUCUUGUCAAGUGUGGAGGACUAGCUCGGACAUGACGCAGCACCGCCGGGACCCAGCAUCAUCAUUUGGCUGGAUGAUCUUCCUCAUCCUGCUGCUGUCAUCACGAGCCGAUGGCCAAGCCUACGUGGAGCUUUGAGACGGUCUGAGGGGGAUCUUCUCAUGGUAUAGUAUGUAUGGACCUCGCCCUUUGCCCUCAUGCUCCAUCCAUGACCCGCCCGAUGUUACAUUCAAACACUGGAACUCUAUCACAGCCUUUGACCCCUCAGGCCCCAGCCAGCAUCCUCUUCCUGUUUCUUGAGGGACGGGAGGACAGGGUGUGCUUUGUGGGGGAGGGAAAGGACAGGCAGAGACAUGAAAGAUGCUGCUUGUUAAGGGAAAGUCCUGCUUGGAAAUCAUGCAAAUGAAGACACAAAGACACGGAUGUCUUCUUUACGUCUCUGUCAAGGUCGUCUCAAGCUGACGGUGCUGUCUGAAGACAGACUGCAGAUGAAGUGGAAGGAGGCUGAUAGUCCCGUUCAGGCCUACAAGGUCCGAGUCAGGUCCAUCUCAGACCUGCCCCAGCCCGAGCUCAUGCUGACCACCACACGGGCCCGCGCCACCGUGGCAGGUCUGGAUCCGGGUCAGGAGUACGCCCUCCAGGUCCUCGUGCUCCACGGGACCUCCGAGAAACUUCUGGCAAAGCGACGAUUCACCUUGGAAGGUCUGCGUGAGGAGGAGAUGGUCCGCAGCGGCCAGAGGAGGAAGUUGCUGCCUGGUGGGUCGGGAUCUGGAGACCUGGACGACGUGACGGAGGCUGUGGCGGGUCUUCCUACGGUCCUAUAUCCGGACGGGAAUGCAGAGCCACCAACCCUACAACCCUCCCCUCCGCCCAUGGACGAGACCCCAGACAAAGAGAAGAGGAAGCGGAAGAAGGACAGAGAGCGUUCCAAAGUGGACACCAAGGAGGAACAGGAGACGUCAGCAGAGAUACCUUCCCCUACUCCGCCACUUCCAGGUGGCGGUACAAGGAAGCCGUUGGCAUGUGACACUGACGCGGUGGCGGACAUCGUGUUCUUGGUGGACGGCUCGUGGAGCAUCGGACGCACAAACUUCAGGCGGGUGCGGGACUUCUUGGAGGGACUGAUGACUCCCUUCCGCAUCGGGCCCAACCACGUUCAGAUUGGGCUGAGCCAGUACAGCGGAGACCCUCGGACAGAGUGGCAUCUCAACAACUUCACCAGCAGAGAGCAGUUGGUGGAGGCAGUCAGGAGUUUCAGAUAUAAAGGAGGAAACACGUUUACAGGCCAGGCGCUGCUUCACGUGAUGGAGGAGAACAUGAGGGCCGAGGCAGGCGCCAGGCCGGACACACCCUUUUUCCUGGUGCUCCUGACUGACGGCAAAUCUCAGGAUGACGCCGUCGCGGCCGCAAAGCGACUGAAGAGUGCGGGUGUGGAGAUCCUGGCUGUAGGCGUGAAGAAUGCAGAUGAAGCCGAGUUGAGGCACGUAGCAUCUGAGCCUGUGGACCUGAACGUCUACAACGUCAACGACUUCCCUCUGCUCAGCAAACUGGUGGCCCGACUGGUUCACAUCCUGUGUGGGCGCAUUGAAGAUCAUGGCAUCCUAAAGCACGUAGAACCAGAGCCCACGGUAGACCCAGCUAUCUCCUACCCCAGUCCCACGGAGCUCCGCUUCUCCGAGCUGGGCUCCAGAGAGGUGAGGUUACAUUGGAGCAACCCCGCUGAGCCGGUCCGACAGUACCGGGUGGUUUACCACAGCGCAGAGGGACAAAGUCCUCAGGAGGUGGUGCUGGCUGGCUCCCAGUCCUCCGUGCAGCUACAGGGCCUGGCCUCUCAGACGCUGUAUCACGUGUCUAUUUUCCCCGUGUACGACGACCACGUUGGCCUCGCACUCAGAGGAACUGUCACCACACUGCCACUGGCCAUGCCGAGUAGCCUGGAGGUGACGCCGUCCUCCUACAACGCGCUGCGAGUCAGCUGGAGUGCGACGCCCGGGGCCACGGAGUACCUGGUCCUCUACUCGGCCCUCGACCACGGAGAGCCCGACGACGCCAAAGAGGAGAAAUUUGGUGCGGAGAAGACCGUGUUGGAACUGAGCGGCUUACUUCCUGCCACGGACUACUCUGUCACUCUUUACGCGCUCUACCAUGAAGACUCCAGCGAUCCUGUCACUGCUGUGGCCAGCACCUUUCCUCUUCCCGCCCCAGUCAGCGUGCACUUUCCCGUGGUGACCCACAGCACGCUGAGGGUGAGCUGGCUUCCUGGAGACGCAGACGCUCCCGGACACACCAUCACCUACAGCACCAAUCACGGCAGUGAGGUCAAGCAGGUGGAGGUAUCAGGACAGAACUCGGUACUGGUGCAAAACCUGUCUUCACUGUCCCGAUAUCAGGUGUCGGUCCAGUCCCGCUACCCUCAAGGCCUUUCUGCAGCCCUCACCAGUAACGUCAGCACCUUGAAGGUGCCCUCCCCGUCAGACCUGAGGGUGACCAACUUCUCCAGCGGUGACAUCACGGUACGCUGGCAGGCCGCCGCCAAUGACGUCAUCUCCUACCUCAUUAAGUGGAUCUCCCUCAGUGGAGGCCACCUGAGACAGCUGACGGUGAGUGGCGAGAGCGAGGGUGCCAUCCUGGAGGGCGUGGAGGACGACGAGGAGUACCAGAUCUCUCUGUCUGCGCUCUACGGGGACGGCGCUCAAAGCGAAGCCGUGGCCGUGCGCUACAGCACGAUGUCCGGUGGAGGUCCGUCCAGCGUGUCCAUCUCUGAGGAGACUCCGGUCAGCUUCACGGUCAGCUGGGUCCCGCCCAACGCACACGUCCUGCGGUAUCGCGUCUCCUAUGCCGCGCUGACGGGCGGAGACGACCGGGACGGCGCUGUGUUGGUCCCCGGUGGACAAAAGCAGGUGGUGCUGGAAUCUUUAAGGCCAGACACGAGAUACAGCAUCCUGGUCACCGCAGAGUACCGCAACAAGGAGGGGGGCAGUGCUUCAGCUCAGGGAAAAACCACCAGUCUCCGAGUUAGCAGCGUGAGUGUGGUGCGCUCCGACCACUCCAGUAUCUGUGUGUCCUGGAGAGCCGUAUCCCUGGUGGACGGCUACCGUAUCGUUCUUCAGUCUGCCAAAGAUAAAGCCACCGUGGAGGAAAGAGUGGACCAGAGUGUCAGCAGUCAGUGUUUCACGCAGCUGCAGCCGGACACGCUUUACCGCAUCAGCGUUCACUCACUUCUCAGCUCAGCAGAGGGCGCCGCCGUCUCCAUUCUUCAUCCAACAGCUCUCGCCCCGGCUAAAAUUCCACUCAACCCUCGCCUACACCCUGCUCAUAACCAAGUGUGUCCUGAGGUCACCAUCAGAAACAGCAUCGUAAAAGGCUUUGACAUGAUGGAAGCCUUCGGCCUGACUCCUAAAGAUCACUCGUCUGUGGAGGGUGUCUCUGCCGAGCCUUUUGUCUUCAACAUGCUGCCCGCCUACAAUUUGUAUCCAGACAUCCAACUGAUGCAGAACACAGAGUUCAUCCACCCUGCCGGUUUCUCUCCCGAACACACCAUCAGCAUCACCUUCCGUCUGCUGCAGGGCACACCCACAGAACCCUUCGCCCUAUGGCAGCUCACCGACAAACACUUCCAGCCCAAGAUGGGUGUGGUGCUGGAUGCCUCCAGGAAACAUCUGGUCUACUUCAGUCUGGAUUACAGAGGAGAAGUGCAGGAGCUGCGCUUCGAGCAGCCGCAGGUGCACAGGAUCUUCUACGGAAGCUUUCACAAGCUGCACCUGUCAGUCAGCCAGGUGGGCGUGUCCCUAUCUGUGGAUUGCCAGCACGUGGGGGAGAGGCCCGCCCGCCCUUUGGGCACCCUGCCCACCGACGGCUUUGAGAUGUUGGGGAAGCUGGUGAAGAGUACAGGUCCAAAAAGUGGAUCUGCAGCGUUCCAGCUGCAGGCAUUUGAGAUAGUGUGUAACACAACGUGGGCUACGGAGGACACCUGCUGUGACCUGCCAGGAGCGAGAGAUGAAGAAAGUUGUCCUCCUGCGGCCUACGCGUGUUUGUGUUCCUCUGAGGUUCCAGGAGCUGUCGGUUCCAUGGGCCCGCCUGGCAAGCCCGGCCCCCGCGGUGUGAAAGGAGAGAAGGGUGAGCAAGGUCACAAGGGGGAGAUGGGGCCUCCAGGGAAAAGUGGACCUGAGGGCGGUGUUGGAGUGCUGGGCAGCAGAGGACCCAGUGGGAUGGCAGCGCAAGGCAAAGCGGGGCCACCUGGGGAAAGAGGCCAAAAGGGGGACGCUGGAAGACCUGGACUUCAGGGUGUACCAGGACCUCCAGGCCCAAAGGGGGAAGAGGGCCCCCUCGGUCCCAAGGGCAUACGAGGCGUUGAAGGCAACAUGGGACCCACUGGCCCGAAUGGUCCCAGAGGUUUCCAGGGCAUGCCAGGACACCCAGGACCCACAGGAGAGAGAGGUUACGUUGGACUGGUUGGGCCUACGGGUCUUCCAGGGAGUAAAGGGGAGCAAGGAGAGAAGGGAGAACCUCAAUCCAUGGCUGCCAUCCUCCACAUCGUCACUGAGGCCUGUCAACAACUCAUUCACAAGGAGGUGUUGAAGAUGGACAUGUUGAUCAGUGAGAUGAGCCGUAAGAAGACUCCUGUGGAGGAGCCUGCCGGUCCACCGGGGGAGCCGGGGAUACCGGGUUCGAGGGGCCUGCCGGGUACCAGGGGGAAUCAAGGGAAUGUUGGCCCCAGAGGGAGACCUGGCAGACCUGGCUACCCUGGAGAGCAAGGAAGACCAGGAAUGCCAGGGGGGAAAGGUGAUGCAGGAGUUAACAUCCAGGGGCCUUCAGGGGUGAAAGGUUAUGCAGGUCCUCCGGGUGAGUCCAAGGUGGGAAGCCAGGGUCCCAAAGGACAAGAUGGAAAGCCGGGACCCCCAGGGAUCAAUGGACCCCCUGGCCAACCGGGAGAGAUGGGACCUCCUGGAGUGUGUGACAGCAGUGGAGGCUGCCUCAGAGCUCCUCAGCAGACAGAAGACCCCUACUAUGGCUACCAGCCUUGAGUGGACAUUUCGGACCUCUGUGCUGCCUCGGUGAAGAAGCUAUUGGACUGAUGCAGAAUAAAAGCAGAAGGACCUGUCUGUCCUAUCCUGAGGAUGAGGCGGAGGUGUUAUGGUCUCAACAAGGAAUAGUGGUGCUGUUCAAUCAAUACCGUAUCUUCCCACUUCAUCAGUCUUAUACACUCUGUUCGCACUGAAACCCUUUCUACUGAUGUUUAUGUAGACAUGCACUGUAUUGAUGUAUCUCCUUUUCCUUUUCUAUCCAAACCUGAACUGCCUCAAACAGUGAACUUUUUAUUUUACCAUGCAUGGUACAAAAAAUGACUGUGAGUAUGUUGUACAUGACAAUAUAUAGAAAUGUUAUUAUGUUGACUGUAUACACUUAUUCAUGUAUGUGCUUUUGUAAGUAUCUUCAUCCUU